AUGCAUUUAUACUUGGAAAGCCUAGAUCUGUUUGACGAUGCAGAAGGUACGGCUGAAAGUCCUGGAAGUAGUGCUACCGAGAACGUAUGUCGAAGCUUCAAUUCUAGUGCGAAGAAAGCAUGGACUCGCAUCUGUUUAGCCAUUGAACCGGAGUAUCAAAUACACAUGCGAGAUACAAGAAUAGCGAAAGAAGCUUGGGAUGCUUUAAAAGGUCAGUUUGCUUGUGAAUCAUUGUUGCAAAAAGUUAGGCUACGACAGCAAUAUUAUUCUUGCCGUUUUCGCCCGGGAGAUAAUAUGUUUGAGCAUAUAAGUCACUUAAGAUCAUUACAUGACCAAUUGAAAGAGAUGGGAGUAAAUAUUGAUGAUAAAGAACUGCAAUAUUAUUGGCUCUCCAAAUAA